ACUAAAAUAAACAAAUUAAUCCAAACUUCAUGUCACACACGUCCUCCAUUAAUCCUUCUUCAUCAUUUCAAUUCUUACCCAUUUCUUUCUUCAACCUUUAACAACAACCUGCCUUCCAUGUAGACAACAUAUAGAUACAUAGAUAUAUUGACACCCCAUUAUAAUAUAAUCUCUCAAUCUCAACAAAAAUAAUAAAAAAAUCCAAACUGUACAAACUCUGCCACCAUUUUCUUGAUUCUUUUUUUGGGUCUUCUUUUACAGCCAUGACAGAGGUCCUCCACUCACCUUCUUCUUCUUCUUCUUCGUCUUCACAAACCCAUGACAACAACACAUUCUUUCAUUCUCUGAAUCAAGAAGAUUUUCAAGAAUAUAAUAAUAAUAAUAAUAAUAAUAAUAGUCCUACUAAUAAUGAUAAUAAUAAUAAUCAGUUAUCUUUAUUAGCACUUUUGUUAACAUUGUUUAGGAAAUCUUUCUGGGGUUCAAAUUCUGAUAAUAAUAAUAAUAAUAAUAGCACAGUGGCGGAACAAGGAGAAGAAAGGCUGGAUCUUUCUGGGAUGGAGAUUGGGUGGCCAACUGAUGUGCGCCACGUGGCACAUGUUACUUUUGAUAGGUUUAAUGGCUUUCUUGGUUUGCCUGUUGAAUUUGAACCUGAAGUCCUUAGAAGAGCCCCUAGUGCCAGUGCUACUGUGUUUGGUGUGUCAACAGAAUCAAUGCAGUUGGCGUACGAUUCUAGAGGAAACAGUAUCCCCGUGAUACUCAUAUUAAUGCAACAACGUUUGUAUAGUCAAGGUGGUCUGGAGGCUGAAGGUAUUUUCCGAAUCAAUGCAGACAACAACCAGGAAGAAGAUCUUAGAAACCAGUUAAACAGUGGAGUGGUUCCUGAUGGUAUAGACGUGCACUGUUUGGCUGGUCUUAUUAAGGCUUGGUUCAGAGAGCUUCCAACUGGGGUCCUGGAUCCUCUUUCACCUGAGCAGGUCAUGCAGUGUCAAUCAGAGGAUGAUUGCUCCACCCUUUGCCGCCUUCUACCUCCAACUGAAACUGCCCUGCUCAAUUGGGCCAUUAAUCUGAUGGCUGAUGUCGUCCAAUAUGAACAUAUCAACAAGAUGAAUUCACACAAUAUUGCAAUGGUCUUUGCCCCAAAUAUGACACAGAUGGUGGAUCCAUUGACCGCAUUGAUGUAUGCAGUUCAAGUAAUGAACUUCCUGAAAACCCUCAUCACAAAAACCCUUCGUGAACGAGAGGAUCGUAUCGUAGAGUCCUAUCCGGCCCCGGCCUCUGAACCAUCUGAUGAACACGGGGAUCAAGGGCCAACAGUGAAUUUAAAUCUACAAGAGAACCAUGAUGAACAUGAAGAGAAUGAGCAUCAAUUCGUCACUGAUGAUGAUCAUCUUAGUGGAUACUUGACAGCCUCUGAAGAAUCUGAUGGACCCAGGUUCUGUGUAUGGCCCCCUCCCAUUGAGCCAAGGACUGCAGUUAAUCAUACUCAUGAACCCAAACCGUCUCAGACAAGUGUUCCAGACAGAAACCAACCUUUAGUCCAGAAGAGCAAAGGGACUAGCAAUCUAAGUUCUAUAAACCCACAAACUGGAAGGAUUGAAGCAUGGCGUGGAUUGAAGGAAAGGUAAGCCGGCUUGUUAAGUACUUGUGAAAAUGUUUGAAACUUUGUUUGUUUCUGCAUAGAUUUCUUUUGGGCAUUUUUUAUGAAUUGACUACAUAAACAAGUAAUGAUAUUCUGCAAUUGGUGUUAUAUCUCUGUGAAUUCGCUUGUUAUUUGAAACCAUUCUGGUAAAAUUUAUGGUGUUUGAGAUUUAA